AUGGCUCACGCACUGUCCGUUUUAACAAAGAAGCGAUCGGUCAGCGCGCUGGUCAUUGCCCUUAUCUAUGCGUUAUAUAAGGCCAAGCAGCACUUUCAAAGCCAGGCUGGCAAGAGUGCUGCACCAGGCCAAGCAGCUUCGUCGUCGUCUUCUUCCUCAAAUGCUCGUACCAGCAGCUCCAGUAAACGUAAACAUAAGGGCAAGGUGGGCGUCAAUUCCACAUUCUUCAAGCAAAUGCGUGACUUGUUACCGAUCUGCAUUCCAGGCGUUUUUACAAAGGAAGCCGGAUUGCUCGCGGCUCUUGCUUCAGUAUUGAUUGCACGAACUUGGUUGGAUAUUUGCUCGGUUGUGAAGGCAAUCGUGUCGCGUAACAAAGAGCAGUUCAUUGCCAAAGCAAUUGUCGAGUUCGGAUUCAUGAUGUGGCCAAUGAGUAUCGUCAACAACUCGCUUAAAUUAACCAUCAGUGCUUUGGCAUUGUGCUUCCGUGAACGCUUGACAAAGUUCGCCCACAACCAAUAUUUGGACGGCAUCACAUUCUACAAGAUUUCCAACUUGGAUAACCGACUUCAAAAUGCAGAUCAACUACUGACACAGGAUAUUGAUAAAUUUUCCGAAAACUUGUCGCAUUUGUACUCGGAUAUUGCCAAGCCAAUUGUAGAUAUUUUCUUGUUUGCUUAUAAGCUUGGUGAAGCCAUUGGUAAUGAAGCACCCUUCGCUAUGAUUUCGUACUUUGUUCUGUCGGGUGUGAUCCUACGUGCAUUCUCGCCACCUUUCGGUCGAUACACGGCUGCCGAGCAAAAGCUCGAGGGUGAUUUCCGCUUCACUCAUUCGCGUAUUAUCGCGCACUCUGAAGAAAUCGCAUUCUAUGGGGGUGGCGAGCGUGAGAAGGAAGUUGUAAACAACACAUUCCAAAAGAUUGUCAACCAUGUUCGUAAAGUAUACACCUUACGCUUCUUGAACGGUAUCUUUGACUCCGUCCUUGUGAAAUACUGCGCAACUAUGACAGCUUACUAUUUGCUCGCCCGUCCUGUCUUUGAUCCUCGAUAUGCAACCCAUCAUAUGGGCGCUAUGCUUGACGAUCCAACCAAACUGAUGGAAGAUUAUUCCAGAAAUUCUGUUGGACGAUUGAUCUUGACUGGACGUGAUUUAACCCGAUUUGCAGGUUACACGCAUCGAGUAGCAGAACUGUUUGAAGUGCUACGUGAUGUUAGCAAGGGCAAAUACAGCCGUACCAUGGUAUCUAAUGAGACUGAAGCGACACGGAACAAGGUGGUAGACUCGAAGGAUAUGAAGGGCAAGGUGCUCAUCAAGGACGGCGUCAUCGUAUUCGACAAUGUUCCUAUUGUAACACCCAACAGUGAUGUUUUGCUCAAGGACUUGUCCUUUAGAGUAAACACCGGCAUGAACUGUCUUAUUUCCGGUCCUAACGGCUGCGGUAAGAGCUCACUCUUCCGUAUCUUGGGCGAUUUGUGGCCAUUGUUUGGUGGCACUGUAACAAAGCCAGCAGCAUCCAAGUUAUUCUACGUACCACAGAAGCCGUACCUUGCAUUGGGAACAUUCCGUGACCAAGUCAUUUACCCGGACACAGCUGCCCAGGCAAAGGCCCGUGGGUAUGAUGAUGACACAUUAAUGGACCUAUUAAACACUGUCCAUCUCGGAUACCUUGUGGAACGUGAAGGUGGCUGGGACGCUCUUCAAGACUGGGCUGAUGUGCUUUCUGGUGGUGAAAAGCAACGUGUGGCAAUGGCUCGUUUGUUCUACCAUAAGCCCCAAUUUGCCAUUUUGGAUGAAUGCACAAGUGCAGUCAGUGUUGAUAUCGAAGCCAUCAUGUACGAGCAUGCUCGUAAAUUAGGUAUCACACUUUUCACAGUGUCGCACAGAACUUCCUUGGUACGCCACCACGAAUACUUGCUGCGGUUCGAUGGCGAGGGCCAUUAUGAGUUUCGAGAACUUGACCCUGAGGACAUGGCAACACCGUUCGGCUUUGGCCAUGGAAAGUCCAAGUCAUCCUCAAAGUUAGACCAUUAA